AUGGGAGCGGCGGCGGACACGGAGUGGCUGCGCUGGGUGAGCAGAAGGUUUGGGAAUGGCGCUGGGAAGGAGAAGGAAAUCAGCCUGGAAGAGUUCCAAUCCGCCCUGCAGGUCAAGGAGUCCUUCUUUGCCGAGAGGUUUUUCGCGCUCUUCGAUUCCGACGGGAGCGGCUCCCUGAGCCGGGAGGAGCUGCUGGGAUCCCUGCGCCGGCUGCUCCGCGGGAAUUCCACGGAAAAGCUCCGCUUCCUCUUCCAGGUCUACGACGUGGACGGGAGCGGCUCCAUCGACGCCGAGGAGCUGCGGGCGGUGCUCCGGGGCUGUCUCCAGGAGAAUUCCCUGGCCCUUCCCGAGGAGCGCCUGGGCGCCCUGAGCCAGGCCCUGCUCCAGGCCCUGGACCGGGAUCGCAGCGGCUCCGUCACCUUCCCGGAGCUCCGGGAGCAGCUGGAAGCGUUCCCCGAGCUCCUGGAGAGCCUGAGCAGCAGUGCCACCAGCUGGCUGAAGCCCCCCAGUCCCAGUCCUGCUGAGCCCUGGCUGUGCUGCUUUUCCCGGGAAUGCCGCGGGGAUCACCGGGCCGGGAUCUGCUGCUUUUCCCGGGAAUGCCGCGGGGAUCACCGGGCCGGGCUCCGGUGCCUUUCCCGGGAAUGCCGCGGGGAUCACCGGGCCGGGAUCUGCUGCUUUUCCCGGGAAUGCCGCGGGGAUCACCGGGCCGGGAUCUGCUGCUUUUCCCGGGAAUCCCGCGGGGAUCACCGGGCCGGGCUCCGGUGCCUUUCCCGGGAAUGCCCCGGGGAUCACCGGGCCGGGCUCCGGUGCCUGGCGCUCUGGGCCGCCAGCACGGCGCUCCUGCUCGCCCUGGGCGCUCUGCGGCACCGGGAGCGCGGCCCCGCCCUGGCGCUGGCCCGGGGCUGCGGGCAGAGCCUCAACCUCAACUGCGCCCUGCUGGCCCUGGCGCUGCUGGCGCUGCUCGUGGCCAUGCUCGCCUGCUCCAGCCCCUGCGUGCGCCGAGGCGGCCACUUCCAGAUUUUUUACUGGAGCCACCUCUCCUACAUCCCCGUGUGGGUCCUGCUGCUCCUGCACGCUCCCCAGUUCUGGAAGUGGUUCCUCAUUCCCGGCUCCCUGUUCGUGCUGGAGAAGGUUCUGGGCUGGGCGUGGCGCCGGGCGGGGGAUGUGCACAUCCUGGAGGCCAAGCUGCUGCCCUCCAAGGUGACCCACCUGGUGAUCCAGAGGCCGAGAUCCUUCCGCUUCCAGCCGGGGGAUUACGUCUACCUGAACGUGCCGGCCAUCGCCGCCUACGAGUGGCACCCCUUCUCCAUCAGCAGCGCCCCGGAGCAGCCAGAAACCCUCUGGCUGCACAUCCGGGCGCGGGGCCAAUGGACCACCAAGCUCUACGAGUACUUCCAGCAGCUGGAAUCGCACGGCCCGGAGCCGAAUCCGCCCGGGAAGAGCUGGAGGAGCCGGCACCGGGAACAGGAAGGAUCCGUGGCCUCCGGCAGGGAUGGAGCCGUGGAGCUGACGGCGUUCCGAGCCUCCGGAGCCGCUUUCCCGGGAAAGGACCCGGAGCAGGGGGGCGCCGGGCCCGGGGAGACCCAGCGGAGCUGCAGCGUCAAGGUGAGGAUGUUCCCGUACCGGCGGCGGAAGCAGAGCUGCCCCAGCUGCCGUUUCUCCUGGAGCGAGGAACGGCGGGAUGAGGAGAUGACGCUCCGGAAGGUGGAUUUCAUCUGGAUCACGCGGGACCAGCAGCACCUGCAGUGGUUCCUGGGCCUCCUGGCCAAGCUGGAGACGGAGCAGGAGGAGCUGGAGCCGGGAGGGAAUUUCCUGGAGCUGCAGCUGUACAUGACCUCGGCGCUGGGCGCGGGCGACGUGCGGGCGCUGGGGCUGCAGCUGGCGCUGGAGCUGCUGGCGGCCCGGGAGCAGCGGGAUUCCAUCUCCGGCCUCCGGAGCCGCACCCGGCCCGGCCGGCCCGACUGGGACAAGGUGUUCGGGAAGGUGGCGGCGGAGCGGCGCGGGAACGUCUCCGUGUUCUUCUGCGGCCCCGCGGCGCUGGCCGGGCUCGUCCGCCGGCACUGCCGCGCCUUCGGCUUCCGCUUCUCCAGGGAAAACUUCUGAGCCCAGCCCGGAGCCGCCGGGGCCGGGAGCGAGGGACGGGCUGGGCCACGGAGCCCUGGGAAUGUUUCCUUUGGAUCCGAGAAUAAACUGGGAAAAGACGGGAAUGUUUCCAUUGGAUAUGAAAAUAAAUCAGCAAAAGAUG